GGUGGGCCUCGAGAAUGUGGUCUCCCUCAAGAAAGGGUUUCUUCUCAAGAGUGUGGUCUGGUCCCACUUGGUAAGGCAGGAGGCAUAAUCUGGGGUCUGAGGACUUGCCAGUCUUCCUGCAGGGAGAGUGCCCCAACCUAGGCAGGACCUGCUCCACCCAGAGGCAGAGAAAGGACAAAGAGGUUAAGAGAGAGUUUGGGAGUGGCCCCAGCAACCUGUUGCUGUUGACUGGCUAGUGUGGCUUCCCCUGCUGGCUGCUGCUAUAUAAAGUCCUCCUGAGGCCUGCUCCCCUGAAGACUUGUAACCAUGAAAGCUGUCCUCCUUGCCCUGCUGGCCAUCGGCUUGGCCCUGCAGCCAGGUGCUGCCCUGCAGUGCUAUUCCUGUACGGCCCAGAUGAGCAACCAGGACUGCCAUAAUGUGAAGAACUGCAGCCAGACUGAGACCUACUGCUGGACGUCCCAUGUCCGUGCCAUUGGGAUCCUGAAACUCAUCAGCAAGGGCUGCACCUCUGAGUGUGUGGAUGACGCAGACAACUACUACGUGGGCAAGAAAAACAUCACUUGCUGCUCCACUAAUCUGUGCAAUGUCAGCGGGGCCUAUGCUGUGCAGCCAGCCACCACCCUGGGACUGCUCACGGCGCUCAUUGGGCUGCUUCUGUGGGGCUCCGGGCAGCUGUAGGCUCCAGGGAUGGUAGUACCCUAGCCCUGGGGUUCCUCACACACCUGGCCCAGUCUGCCCUGACCAGUCCCUGCUGUGGCUCCCUCCAGGACUCCUGUCCAGUGGCCCUCUAGUGACAUGAACUAGUGUCCACUCUAGUGACAUGAACUGUCUGCAGCU